UAUCAUUUCAGCAUUUAACGGCGAGGAAUACAGAGCGAUAAGACAGAAUGGCUGAAAUCUUUGCAAUAAAACUCUUCAAAUAUAUACAAAAUCUGGAAGAUUUUCUCGUACGUAAAAAAGGAGAAGUUAUUAGUCAGAAUGAGUAUAAUAAAAUAUGUGAACUUAAAAACACAUUUGAGUACAUUUCUGAUAUUCAUCAUUUAAUUAAAGAUCAAGUCGGACAAACAGUUACAGAAAACGAAAUAAAAACGUUGGAAAGUAAAAAAAUUAAAUACUCGGAUACUGAUGAAUAUAAGCAAUUUGACGGCUUUAAACAAAUGGGAUUAUUGGUAGAGAAGGAAUCAAUUCAGCAGCUCCCACAAAACUUACCUAGACGCAAUAAUAAAACAAAAACAAAAAAGCAAUACGACGAAGUAAAAAAAGACGUAUUAAAGUCAUACAAGCAAGAUCGGAACUUAACUGGAGAGGUUGUGUUGAAGCUAGAAAACACCGAAAAAUGUAUCGAAACUUUAAAAACACUAGAAAGACCUACACUGAGUGCUGAAAGAAUUAAUUUAAUCUAUAACAUUAAAAAAGGAGAGGUUUUAAAAAAAAUCAAGGAUUUAGAGAAAGGUGGAUAUUUAAAAAAAUUACAAGAAAAUGGUAUACCUUAUAAAAUUUCACACUGUAACUUUUUGAUUAAAUUGUACAAGUUUUCACUAGAUCAUUCCAAUAUCAUUCAUUGUUCUUUGUCAUUGCAUUUUCUACAAAAGCAUUGGAGUGUUAUUCCAACGAUAUUCAAUGAAUUGAAAUGGUAGAAUCAAUAAAGGGCAAAUAAACGAGCGUUGGUACACGCUUUAUUGAUUUUACCAUUCGCUGUGGUGAAUAUUGGAAAAAAAUUCAGCUUGUAUUUGAAAACUUUUGUGGAGUCAAUGAAGCGCAAACCAAUGUUUGUUGGUAUCACAGGCGCUAGUCACAUAAUCAAAUAUUUUACAUAAUCGGUCUAUAUAUGUAUAUAAAGAU